GAUAAAUUAUUUUUUCUACUAUAUUUACUUCGUGAUAAGUUCAGCUUUGGUAAAUGGUUUGUGGGCUUGCUGUAAUGAGGCAGUUGACUUUCAAUGUUAGCCUGAUUUUGGUAAAAUUGAGAUUUAAUUUAGUUAUUGAUGUGGAUAUCAUUCAGAUUUUUUUUAUUUUUCGUCAGAAGUGGUUUAAAAUGGCUAAUGAGUUGCAUUAUGGCAUGUCUGGGUAAGCUGAAAAAAUUUACGUACAAGUAAUAUAAUGUUAUGUAUCAGUAUAUAAGUAGGAUUUAAUACAUUUUCAAUGAUGAAAGUUUGAAAUAAUAAGUUAAAAAGGAAAAGAAUCCAGUUUAUUUGCAGCAAGAGAGGUUAAUGUGCAUUUAUUUUUCUCUUGACAUUUCUCGGUGUUUGAUGAUCACGUGGCUAUUGAAGGCCUUUAAGAGAGCUGCAGAGUCACUGGAGAAGCUGAUGGACGCUACGAGGGAGGAGCUCCCUGACACAAUGGCUGCCAUUCGAUUAUCUGGGAUGGAGAUCAGUGAUUUAACGAUGGAGCUCAGUGAUCUUGGCCAAGAAAUAACACAAGGCGUGAGAAGCUCCACUCGAGCUGUUCGCUUAGCAGAAGAAAGGUUGCGCCGGUUGACAAACAUGAAUCCAUCAGUAUCCCUGCAGGCGACAAUCCCGCCAGGAACUGAGACAGUAGGACCAGCUCUAGCUAGAGCAGCGAGGGGUGCAAAGGAUGGCAUCGUUAAGGGUCGUGCAGUUUUGCAAAUACUUUUUACUCUAACCAGAUAUUCCAGGGUACUUUUCGGCUACUUCACAUCUCGAGCCAAGCAUAAUUCAACAGUAUAAAUUGAAUCUGCCUUCCGUACAUAUGCUCAACUUGAAUGAUGGUUCCGAUAUUGUCAGGCGAUGCUCAUGAUUGGAUCCAGUGGAUAAUAGAAACCUGAUUGUCUUUCUUGCUUUUAUUCUACAAAUGUGAAAGAUCUCUUUUUCUUCUUUUGUUUUCUUUCAGAUUACCCAUGUCUAGUGUGUCGAUCACAAAAUAAUCUUGACGAUCUUGAUUACAGUCGAGAGAAUUGCUCGUAUCUCAAUUGUUUUUGUUUUUUGUUUAAAUUGCGCAUUUUUA